GGUUAUACACCGCCCGCAUGUCAAACGGUAGAGCCCAGUGCGUGUGGCCGAUACAUUUGUUUGUGUCUUUACCUGUGUACCCGAACGGAGGGUGACGGCGGCGGCGGUGGCGAUCGACGUCGGCCGUAGCGCUCGCACGGAGACAUGUAGAGCAGGUUGAGCCAUGAUCCACGUGCUGCUCAUGGGUAACUCGAUUGCUGGCAGUGGCGGUGGCGGUCGUUUGGCCACCGACAACGGUCGCGGCGGCACCAUGGAAAAACUGGAAGAAGACGUGCAACACCUAAAAGUGUCUAUGAGAGAUAAGGAUUCCCGGAUUGACCACCUCGGUCAGGCCGUGGACGAAAUUCGCAACAUGAUCGAGCAAUCGGUUUUCAAUCAAAACGUCCCGGCCGGCCUGUCGAUCCCUAACCGCGUGGACAAGAAGAAAGGCGUUUCGGGAGAAUGUUCCAGUCUGGUGGAGGUACCUCUGACGCUGCCCAAACAGACCAAAUCCAUCAAGUCCAAGCACUUGAUCAAGACGGCGUUAUGCAAGAAUCCGUUUUUGAAAAACUUGAAUACCGCUCAGAUGUCCGAAAUCGUGGACGUCAUGUACCCCAAGGAUUUCGACGCCGGGUCGUACAUCAUCAAAAAAGGCGAACCUGGAUGCUGUCUGUAUGUGGCCGACGAAGGGAAGUUGGACGUCAUCCAGAGUGGACGGGUGGUGGAUUACAUAUGGCCCGGCGAGGUGUUCGGCGAAUUGGCCAUCCUCUAUAACUGCCCGCGAACCGCUUCUGUCAAAGCCGCUCAAGACGCCAAGGUGUGGACGUUGGAACGAGUGGCCUAUCAGAAAAUCAUGAAGACGUCGGCGAUGAAAAGGUUCGACGAGAGAGUGGGCUUUUUGAAAAGCGUACCGUUGAUGAAAGACCUCGACGAGGAAAUUCUAUGGAAAAUCGCCGACGUACUUAAGGAGGAAUUCUAUCCGGAAGGGCACUACAUAAUAAAACAAGACACUAUGGGAGACAAAUUCUACAUAUUGAGCGAAGGCCGGGUGAAAGUCACGAAACGCAAUAAAGGUGACGACGAAGAAGAAGAAGAGUUCGGCGUGCUGGAACAGGGUGAGUUUUUCGGUGAAGUGGCGCUACUCAAAGAGGACAAGAGGACGGCAAACGUCGUGGCCACGCAUCCGGGAGCAGAAUGCCUAACGCUGGAUAGAGAGCCGUUCAUACAUUUUAUCGGCAACUUGGAAGAGUUGAGAAAUAAAAAAUAUUCAGAGCGACCGUCCACCAAACCUUUGUCGACGGGGAGUGCAGACAAAUUAUUCUAUCCGGAAUUAUUCCGCGUAGAACUUACAGACUUCGAGACGGUCGCCACCAUUGGCGUUGGCGGGUUCGGUCGCGUGGAUCUGGUGUGCUUGAAGCUGGACAGAGACCGGUCGUAUGCCAUGAAGAAGCUAAAAAAACAGCACAUAGUUGAUAUGCAACAACAAGAGCACGUUUACAACGAGAAGACAAUUUUAGAAUCGUGUUCCAGUCCAUUCAUCGGAAAACUAUACCGCACGUACAAAGACGACAAGUACGUUUACAUGCUGAUGGAAGCAUGUCUAGGCGGCGAGAUCUGGUCGUUACUUCGGGACCGCAGGUGCUUCGACGACAACGCCGCUUGCUUCGUGGCCGCCUGUGUGCUUGAAGCACUCGACUACUUACACGACACCGACGUGAUCUACAGGGACCUGAAACCGGAAAACCUGUUGUUGGACCGCGAGGGGUUCGUCAAACUGGUAGACUUCGGCUUCGCCAAACGGCUGCAACCGCGCGGCAAGAAGACUUGGACUUUUUGCGGCACGCCGGAAUACGUGGCACCCGAAAUCGUACUUAACAAAGGCCACGACCGAGCGGUAGACUUCUGGGCACUGGGAAUACUCGUUUACGAGCUAUUGGCCGGCAUACCGCCGUUUACUGGCGACGAGCCAAUGAAAAUCUACAACUCAAUAUUGAAAGGUAUGGCAGCCGUAAACUUUCCAAGACAGAUUAAUAGAUCGGCUCAGGGUCUUAUUAAACAGUUGUGCCGGAGCGACCCAACAGAGAGGUUGGGAUACCAAAAAGGAGGCAUACAGGACGUCAGGAGACACGAAUGGUUUCAAGGUUUUGACUGGACAGGUUUAAGGAAUAAGACCAUAGUACCGCCUAUUGUGCCACAGAUAAAUAGCCCGCUAGACAUAUCCAAUUUUGAUGCAUACCCUGACGACGCGGACAUGGCGCCCGACGAGCUGUCCGGCUGGGAUUUAGAAUUCUGACACACCUUCAGUGGUAAAAGUUAACUCAAGUCACAGCCAAUCCGUCCGUUUGUUAACGAAAAUGUAUUUAGCAUUUGAGGAAUAGUCAAUCAAUUUCAUUCACAGUUAUGACCACAACAGCGGGCAGUUUCGUCUUGGCUAGCGUUUUAUUUUUCUUAUACACGAUUAUAUUAUAUUUUUUAAAAGAGUUUUUUUUUAUUAAUAAAAG